CUUGGGGGGAUGAACCAAAUCCAAUGUUUUCCUGCUCACUGACAUUUUUUAUAUUGAUGCUGUUUGGGGUCUUCUGGAGAAGGAAGGCAGGAAGAAAACUUCAGCAAAUCAGCUCUUUCAUUCAGAAAUGGAAUUCAAAAGGCUGCUUUAGCUAGACGUUUUGACAAACCCUGAUUUCAUCAGUUUUUACUGCGACGAGGACAGUAGCCUCACAAAUUCUGUGACAAGUGAUGAGGGGGAAACAGAGUGCAGUUGUUUAAAUAAUCCUGGGCCAAUAGCGGUUGGUAGGUGGAGUUACUGUUGUAUGCAUUACAGAGCAAGAUAAUUCUGAAUGAAGACUUUAAAUAUUACACAUGCUGGAUGGAUUCUGGUUCUGUUCUUUAUGCAAACAAAACAAGGGACUAGGUGACUAGGUUUUGCUUACUAUCCGUUAGUGAAUGCAGCUUGUCUGAUAAGAUUUUGUUUUUAAAACAUGUAAAGGAUUUAUCGGAAGCCCUUAUGAAUAUUUCAUGAGUUGAUAUAUUCAGCUGAAUGAAUUCAGUGAGUGUCAGUGUGUAGCUUGCAGACAAACCUCAUCCACAAGGAGGCUACUGACACUGGAAGCACUUUGGCGCAUUUUCAGAGGCAAAGCCAGCCUGAUAAAGCUCCUUGUGACAGCCCGACUUGCCAUUCUUCCAGUAUGCUGUUCUUGCGGUAAGCAGCUCAUACGUUGGAGUUCCAGCUCCCUAAAUUAAACUGCAAAGAGUUUGCAGACUUAUCAGCCUCCUGACCUGCAGCAGUGUCCGGGCUAUGUUUGAGGUUUUUGUUUUGGAUGGUGAAAGCUAGCACUCCUCACAAGACAUGACAGCAAAAGACUCUUCCAAGGAACUUACUGCUUCUGAAUCCGAGGUUUGCAUAAAGACUUUCAAGGAGCAAAUGCACUUAGAACUUGAGCUGCCGAGACUGCCAGGAAACAGACCCACAUCUCCCAAAAUCUCUCCACGCAGUUCACCGAGGAACUCACCAUGCUUUUUCAGAAAGUUGCUGGUGAAUAAAAGCAUUCGGCAGCGACGCCGCUUCACUGUGGCUCAUACAUGCUUUGAUGUGGAAAAUGGCCCUUCCCCAGGCCGGAGCCCACUGGACCCCCAGGCCAGCUCCUCUUCCGGACUGGUGCUUCACGCCACCUUUCCCGGGCACAGCCAGCGCAGAGAGUCAUUUCUCUACAGAUCAGACAGUGACUAUGACUUGUCACCAAAGGCGAUGUCAAGAAACUCUUCGCUUCCCAGUGAGCAACAUGGAGAUGACUUGAUUGUAACUCCUUUUGCCCAGGUCCUUGCCAGCUUGCGAAGUGUGAGAAACAACUUCACUGUACUGACAAACCUUCAUGGAACAUCUAACAAGAGGUCCCCAGCUGCUAGCCAACCUCCUGUCUCCAGAGUCAACCUGCAAGAAGAGUCGUAUCAGAAAUUAGCGAUGGAAACGCUGGAGGAAUUAGACUGGUGCUUAGACCAGCUAGAGACCAUCCAGACCUACCGCUCUGUCAGUGAGAUGGCCUCUAACAAGUUCAAAAGAAUGCUGAACCGGGAGCUGACACACCUCUCAGAGAUGAGCCGAUCAGGGAACCAGGUGUCUGAAUACAUUUCAAAUACUUUCUUAGACAAGCAGAAUGAUGUGGAAAUUCCAUCUCCCACCCAGAAAGACAGGGAGAAAAAGAAAAAACAGCAGCUCAUGACCCAGAUAAGCGGAGUGAAAAAAUUGAUGCACAGCUCAAGCUUAAACAAUACAAGCAUCUCACGCUUUGGCGUCAACACGGAAAAUGAAGAUCACCUGGCCAAGGAGCUGGAAGAUCUAAACAAAUGGGGUCUUAACAUCUUCAAUGUGGCUGGAUAUUCACACAACCGGCCCCUGACGUGCAUCAUGUAUGCAAUAUUCCAGGAAAGAGACCUCCUAAAGACAUUCAAAAUCUCAUCUGACACGUUUGUGACCUACAUGAUGACUUUAGAAGACCAUUACCAUGCUGACGUGGCGUAUCACAACAGCCUGCAUGCUGCCGACGUAGCCCAGUCCACUCAUGUUCUCCUUUCCACGCCAGCGUUAGACGCCGUCUUCACGGAUUUGGAAAUCCUGGCUGCCAUUUUUGCAGCUGCCAUCCAUGAUGUUGACCAUCCUGGAGUCUCCAAUCAGUUUCUCAUCAACACGAAUUCAGAGCUUGCUUUGAUGUAUAAUGAUGAAUCCGUGUUGGAAAACCAUCACCUUGCUGUGGGUUUCAAACUGCUGCAAGAAGAACACUGUGACAUCUUCAUGAAUCUCACCAAGAAGCAGCGUCAGACACUCAGGAAGAUGGUUAUUGAUAUGGUGUUAGCAACUGAUAUGUCUAAACAUAUGAGCCUGCUGGCAGACCUGAAGACCAUGGUAGAAACGAAGAAAGUUACAAGUUCAGGUGUUCUUCUUCUGGACAACUAUACUGAUCGUAUUCAGGUCCUUCGCAACAUGGUACACUGUGCAGAUCUGAGUAACCCCACCAAGUCCUUGGAAUUGUAUCGGCAAUGGACGGACCGCAUCAUGGAGGAAUUUUUCCAGCAGGGAGACAAAGAACGGGAGAGGGGAAUGGAAAUUAGCCCCAUGUGUGAUAAACACACAGCCUCUGUGGAAAAAUCCCAGGUUGGCUUCAUUGACUACAUUGUCCAUCCGCUGUGGGAGACCUGGGCCGAUCUGGUUCAGCCCGAUGCUCAGGACAUUCUAGAUACAUUAGAAGAUAACAGGAACUGGUAUCAGAGCAUGAUACCCCAGAGUCCCUCCCCACCCCUGGAGGAGCAGAACAGGGACUGCCAGGGUCUGAUGGAGAAGUUUCAGUUUGAACUGACGCUCGAAGAAGAGGAUUCCGAGGGACCUGAAAAGGAGGGGGAGGGGCACGGCUACUUCAGCAGCACAAAGACACUUUGUGUGAUCGAUCCAGAAAGCAGGGAUUCCCUGGGAGAGACUGACAUAGACAUUGCAGCAGAAGACACGUCCCCGGUUGACACAUAAUCCCCCUCUCCAUGUGGAGAUGAACAUUCCACCCUUGACGAGCAUGCCAGCUGUGUGGUAGGGCCAGCCCGCCAUGGGGGCCGAGGCCUGCACGGGACGAGGGCCACCUGGCCUUUCCAGUUACUUGAGUUUGGAGCCAGGACACAAGACCAUGAAGCACGUAGCAGCUCAGGAGAUUCCCACGGUUGGCUUGCCUUGCUCGCAAGCUUGGUGGCGUGCUGAGGCUUUAUGUGUUAUGGAGGCCGGUUCUGAUCAUGACUGAGUGGCUUGAAAAUGGAAGACACCAAACUGAGAGAUUGUUCUGCACUAAGUUUCGGGAACCCAUCCCUGCUAGUGACUGAACUCACUGACUAAUAACUUCAUUUAUGAAUCUGCUCACCUGUCCCUUUGUCUGCCAACCUGUGUGCCUUUUUUGUAAAACGUUUUCACAUCUUUAAAAUGCCUGUUGAAUACCUAGAGCUUAGUAUCAACUCCUAUACAGACAAGCAGUCAAAGUUGACAUGGACUUUUUUGACCGUUUCUGGGGGGAAAAAAAAGGAAAGAAAAUGGUCUUCCUUCUUUCUUGGGCAAUAUUUUUCACUUGACUGCAGUUACUUUUGCAAACAGGCAGAAAGGGUGCAUGUCUGACCACAUCCUACUUCCUUCCCCAGCUGUCCAACCCGACACCACAGCUGCUGUUAGAACUUAUCUCUGUUUGCUUGCUCCAAACAGUAUUUUGUUCUCCUCUGGAGUUUCACCUUUUUGCUGCACACACAAUGAAGUUGAACAAACGAGGGGUUAGGAAGGGGCAGUUGUGUUGUGCACCAUAAGAGUCUGCGUGGAACUCAGAAGUGUGCCCCGCCUGUCGUGUCCUGGACCCAUCUCUGGGACAGUAUGGUCCCCUGUCCUGUCCCCUCCUACCCGCUUCACUGCUGUUUUGAUGUCACGCUGCCGUCUUGCUCUUGUACUGCCUCUGCGCUAACACUUCUGCUCCUGUUUAUAACCAUGUAUUUAUUACUUAAUGUAUAUACUGUAAUGUUUUGUAAGUUAUUAAUUUAUAUAUCUAACAUUGCCUGCCAAUGGUGGUGUUAAAUUUGUGUAGAAAACUCUGCCUAAGAGUUAUGACUUUUUCUUGUAACGUUUUGUAUUGUGUAGUCUAUAAAUGUCACUUCAGAGAGACAUACAGCCCCCUUGGCAGUGAGGACGAGGUGGGCCGCUUCCUUGCCUGAGUUGCUAAUACUAAACCACCUUUUAUGAACCCGUUUUGGAAACAGGAUUCUCACAUUAGAUACUAAAAUGAUUUAUACUCAGCUUUUACUUUUGUUUAGAUGGAUUGGGGCUGGGGGCAGUGGACAUGGUUUUCUCCCAUGUUCUAUCCAAAUCUGUGUAGCCAUGACUUGGGUUAUAACUGGGCUCAGCUGUCAUCGUGACUACAAAAGCGACACGACAUUGGCUCACAGAUGAUUCUUCUGAGUGUUCCCAAACUACUGGCUUUGAGCGAGCCUCCUGCCAGCCCUGAAGCAGGAAUAUCAUGUUCAAAUUCAUCACAAAAGAAAACAAUAGAAUAAUGUGAAUUUUUAUAAUAAAAUGUGAACUGAUGUAGUAAAUUAUGGGAAUGUGAAGCUUCUUCUGAUAACACUUGUUAGACCUCUUACCAGUGUCAGUUUCAGUUUGUGAAAUGUGUUUCCUGCUUUCAGUUCAGCAUUGUGACUCCAUAGUUAAGAAAAUGGCACAAAUGUGCAUGACCAAUGGGCUUGUAUGUCUAUGAACACUGCGUUGUUUCAGGUGGACAUUUUAUCGCUCUCAAACGUUUCUCACAAUGUAUGUUAUAGUAUUAUUAUAUAUUGUGUUCAAAUGCAUUCUUAAGAAACUUUUAUAUGAGGUGAAUAAACAGAAGCAUGAUUAGACUGUA